UUGCCCUGUCCCAAUCGAAUGUCCAUCGAGUUCACAAGGUAAAUAAACAUUAUUUGAGAGUCGACGCCUUAUUGUCUCGGAUCAAAGAUCGAAAACAACGAAAAAUACCGUGUAUUUUGUGAGACUAGGAGGGAACAAAUCGGAAUUAAUGCAAGAGUGAAGCCAUGAGCGCAAAUGAGAAAAAAAAUAAAGUGGACGUAGAGGAGGUAGUGGUGCAACAAUCAUUCGAUACGACGGACAAGAAGUCUCAGGCAUUCAAACAAUCGGACACAUACGCCGCUAAAAAAACCGUAGCGCAGGGCAUGAUGGACCUUGCUUUGAUCACCGCGAACGCGAAUCAAUUAAGGUAUCUAAUCGAAUAUCAAAGGGAGAGUUCGACAUUUUUCUUAAUUAUGGGUUUGAUUACUGUCAGCCUGUUUCUUCAGGUGGCCGUGGGCGCCUGUUUGAUUUGCAAAGGUCGGUUCGACAUAAAAGGACAAUCGAAAUCGAGAUUGGCUAACAGAAUCAAUAAUUAUAUAGUGUUUGCUGUUUUUCUCAUUACAGUUAUAAAUGUGUUCAUUGCCGCGUUUAGUAUAUCCGUUUCGACAAACAUCACGACACAGCAAUAAUGUGUAAAUAAAAGAGAGUAUGCUUUUUGUACUGAUCUUCG